UGGUUCUGAUCCAACAGGGCUUUUCUUAUGUUCUUAAAUUAGCUAUUUGUGACUGGCUACGCCUCCCAUAGCAGCCAUUUUAUGAACAUGCAUGGUCCCAACCCUGUGGCAGCCAAUUUGUGAGAGUACCCACAAUGCUUUUUCAACAUGAACCAAAAAUGAAUCCCUAAACUAGUUCUUUUCUGGUGCAUUCUCCUUUCACUGUUCCAUUCCCCAUUUUCUGAUUGCAUUGAGAGCGUUUCCCUUUUUCACAACUUCAGGGGCCAUUACUUCUUGAACGACUAGUUGUCUAUAAAGGUUUCAGGGCACCACCAUUUCCUCAGAUACGGCAACUCCCAUGAUUGCCGCAAGUACACUGAGCUUGAUAUACUGCCCUUCUUGAAUAUCAAGCAUACUGAUUCCUUGAGCAAUAAACACCAGCUUCAUCACCCUGUUGAAUUUUAACUUUGCUGCAAAACAAAAAAAGAACAAACAAACCCAAACACAGAACCUUCUUUUAGUUAAGCAAAGCUGUCCAUCAGGAAUGCUGUCAGUCCGGCAGCCAAAGACGUAAAGGCAAGUAUGGUUCAUGUUAAGGAUUCCAAGCACACUCUGCCAGUUCUGUGAUCCUAUACGCCAAGCCCUCUUCUCACCUCCUCCACUAUGCCACAAGCUGCCCUAGGCUUUGCCGGCACCCUCAGUCAUGAAAUGUCCUUGGCUGCUGCAUAACUGAAGUUCAUGGACACCACAGCAGCUUUCCCAAGCUCAUCUCAUUUCUACAGUGUCCAGAACAUUGUGCCUGGUUCUGGGCAGCAAGGGCAGAGCCUGAGUCCAGGAGUCCAUUCCAACCCUUGAGAGUUUCCUGGACAGUAGGAUUUUGCACAGCUUUUUAAUCCCAUCUAAAAGACUCUAGAAAAUGGCAGUAAAUUUUAGACUAAAAUAAGCUAGUCUUUGGGGGACUGCUGCCUUUACCCCAAAUGCAGCCCCAGGGAGCUUCUCCAAGCCGGAAUCCAGCUCCAGAGGUCGAAGGCUUCAGCACCCUCGAUCUAGAGGAGUCCCUGGGCCAACCGACAUGCUCCUGUGAGUAAAAGAAGCACAUAGCCACAGCACUGGCUGGUGUCUCUGCUCUCCGGCUGCAAGGCACGGCUUUUUAAAUAAUUCUGUUCAGUGCUUUUGUGUCCAGGGAAUUAGCCAAGCUUUAUUAAGCAGCACCCCUGAUGGAGUCAUCAAUGGUUCUGGCUCAUUAAUUUUGCAGGUGAGAAUAAAGAUCCACUUUUCUCACACUGUGAAGGCAGAUGAUCUUGGACACAUUUGGAGCUGUGAUAGUGGUUGAGCUCGGUUUGACAUUUUGCAGGAGAUUAAAGUCCACUCUUGGCAAGUCAGGGACGAGUAUCUCCUGUCGACCAGACUGCGCCGGUGCCUUCCUUGGGAAUAAGGUUGAAAGGCAUUUGGUUCCCAUCCAACGAUGUCUUCUCCCGAAAUUGCGUCCCUCUCAUGGGGCCGGAUGACAGUGAAAGGCUGUUCCACAACGUAUAAGGACUGCAAAGUCUGGCCAGGAGGCAGCCGGCCGUGGGACUGGAGGGAGACCGGAACUGAUCACGUCCCCGGCGUUCAGCCUGCAGACGUCGAGGAAGUGGUUCAGAAGGGUGCCAAAACAUUGGUGAUCGGACGUGGCAUGAGUGAGGCCUUGCAGGUGCCCGCUUCCACCGUGGACUACCUGAAGAAACAUGGCAUCGACGUGCUGGUCUUGCAGACGGAGAAGGCGGUGAAAGAAUACAACACUCUGGCCUCCCAAGGGGCUCGUGUGGGGGGCGUCUUCCAUUCCACCUGCUAGGGCAUUCCCGGCAGCACUAGUCUUCGGCCAUCUUGUGCCUUGGGGUGAAUAAAAGGGAGCUCUUACGGUCAA